UCAGCCGACACAUGCAUCAUCGACCCCCCAACCCAACCGCCAAAGCACAAUCGAAUGAGCACCAUUUCGACUCUGUUUACAGAAGACAAAAAAACAGAGAGACGAAGGAAGUUAAAGGGCAUGGCGAAGAAAAUGGUGCAUGUUAAUGGUGGCGGCGGGAUUGGCAAGAGAAGACUCAUCAAGCGCAGCAAGAAGAAAAGCCUUCACAAAGUCAUCGAUUAUAUGUUAUCAGAUUGCUACUUAUUUGCACCUCUCCUCAGUUCUCCUUCACCCAUUAAUUCUCAUGCCGUACCCACAAGAGGGAUCGAAAUUAGAGAACGCACAAAAGAUAACCGGAGUUUAGCGAAGACGAUUCAGGAUUAUUUGAAAUCUGAUUGCUACAUGUAUGCUUCUCUGCUUGCACCACAAUCCCUCAGACUCAAACUCAGAGAGAAGGGAGAAACAGGGCAUGUUGGGUACGUAAAGAAGGUAAGGAAGGAAGUAAUGGUUAUGACUGAUUUUGUGGAAGCAACAGUUAAUGGGACACCGACGGAAUCAUCUAAGCGUUCCAUCUAUGCUACUUCUCCAUCUAUAUCAAUUUCAGGUGAGCGUGACCCAAAGACGAGGAGGAUUGUUGUCGAUUGAGCAUAUAGAACUUUUUUUUUUUUCUCUCUCUUUACAAUUAGUUGUGGAAGUUGUAUAGUAUAUAUUGCUUUGCAAGCAAAACCACCAACCUAGGAUUCGGGAGCAUGUGGAAUGCUAUUAUGUAACUUGUCAAGUAUGUAUU